GUCAUUCACUCUAUCAGUCUCUUAACUUUCAUCAACAGAAAGAGAGAUGGGUGAGCUUCAUUCCAUGUCCAUGACUUACUCUAGCAAUGGCUUAGCCCUAGGAGGACCAGGACUGGGUCUAGGUUUAGGAAUGGGAGGAGGGACUUGGGAUAAUUGCCAUAGCUUCAACCUUGGAGUUCUCUGCAGCUCGGACAGGACUUCUUUUGUGAUGGAUGAGUUCGAUGCCCCACCAUUUUCGUCUUCUCUCGAGUCGGAUUUCUCGACCGGUUACUUGGAAGACGCUUUGGUUGAAUUCAACGAGCGCUCGAAGAGAAGACGCAUGCUAUCGUUUAACGAUGAUGGAAUCAGAGACUCUAUUCCUGUUGCUUCAAAGAGACACAGCUGGGAUUCAGACUGGGAAAUGUUUGAGAGUUUUGACAGCAUCAGCCAACUAAUUACCUCUACUGAGCAAUCAGGUGAUGAUCCUACAAGUAUGAGUAGUACACCAAAUAGUAGAAUCUAUGAGGAUGAGACAAAGACAGUCGACACGAAGAUGAACACACGAGAAAAAGCUAUUGAUUCUUCGUCUUCAUCCUCUUCUUGCAAAGAAUCAGCCAACACCAACUCCAUGGAGGCUGCCGAGAAAGAGAACCGCUUUUCCUUCAAUUAUUCAGAUGAGAAGCUAAAGAAGAAGAGGCCGAUGAUAACGUCGAGGGUGGUGUAUCCCUUUGCGGUGGUGAAACCGGGAGGAUUAGAAGGCGACGUGACGCUAAACGACAUCAACGAGAGGAUUUCAAUGCCACCAACGCGACCAGUACGACAUCCCGUCGGGGACUUUGCGUGUCGGCCAUGCGUAUCUGAUCCUGAUGGUCCAGGACUUUCUGGUAAAGCUGUAGUGGCCCUUACCCGAAUUCAAACACAGGGAAGAGGCACAAUCACUAUUAUCAGAACCAGAGGUUAAAAUCUCAGUCGAGUCGAUCAUGCCAUGCGCUUAAUCAGUGGAAUUAGUCUAUCUAGCUAAUU